UCCAAUAUAAUUAUAAUUAAUAUAUAAAUUGCUGUAAAAGUUAAAAUGUAAGUAUUUGAGCCAGUUAUUUGGAUUUCUUCACAAAAAUUAACACUUUCCUUUUCUUAUUUUAGGGGAAAACACAAAAGCCAAACACAGGAAAAUAUUUUUUUAAAUUUUAUGGAAAAAAACCCCGACUUGGCGAAAAAUUUCGUCAAAGGGGAUCGCGUCGCUGCGGAGGCUUUGUGGGCAGACCUUGCCAAAAUGUUAAAUAGCGAAGGUCCACCGCAAAAAGAUGUUAACGGCUGGAAAAAGGUAUGGUCCGAUUGGAAAGGGUGCAUCAGGAAGAAAAUCGCCCACAACAAGAAUGAAAGCAGAGCCACUGGAGGAGGGCAAUUUAAUAAAUUUACCCUGACCCCCAGUGAGGAAGAAAUUGCACGAAUCUGUGGGAUAUACACGGCGGUGGAAGGCAUUGGAAAUAGCGCUGCAUUUGGAGUGAACGUUAACGACGACGAAAACAAUUCUUUGGAUGGAAUUUUAUGUAUUGAAGAAAUUUCCAGCGGCGGACCAAAGUCCACACCACGCAAACGACGGUAUGAGGACAAUGUACAAGAUUGCCUCAAGAAGCACAUGGCAGCAGAAGCAGGUGCAGUUGAGAAAAUAUCCAAUACAUUGGAUCUUCUCACUGCGAAUAUGGAUAAAUUGACAAAAUUAGUGGAGAAACAAAACCAGCUUAUAGCCGAACAAAACGACGAUCGUCGAAAAUAUUAUCUGGCCAAGCAAGAAAGCUUGAUGGCUAAAAAUGUUAUUAAGCAAAAGAUGCUUGAAAUAGAAGAAAUCCGAGUACAAAGGGAAUUUUUUUAAAACCAAAACCAAACUAAAAAUAUCGACUAAUUAAUUUUAUUAAUUAUUAAUAGUAUUAAAUGAUCUCAAAGUUUAACUUAUGUAAAUGUGAUGUUUUUAUUGUUUUUUAUUAAAUAAAAAAAAUAUGAAAAUUAAACUAUACGCGUUAAGUUAUUUGCGAUUUCAUCUCGAAUGGAUACAGCGGCAGUUUGUAGAUGGCUGCUAUGAUCAGCAACUUCUUCGUCCAGAAAAUCGUCCACUACAUCUAAAGCAAAGGCAUCCAGGUUAUAAUGGCGACAAAUGUUGUGCAAAGCACUGCAUAUAUUUAUAAUUUUUACAACUUUCUCUGGGACAUAUGGCAUAGUUGUUUGAAGACAUUUAAAGCGGCUCUUGAGGACUCCGAUUACUCUCUCAACGAUAUUUCUUGCCUUGGAGUGUUGUAAAUUGAAUUUGUGCUGUGGUGACCCAGCGUUUGCAUCACGAUAAGGGGUAAGUAAAUAUGGUUCCAAGCCAUAUCCUGAAUCUCCUAGUAGCCAAGAUCUAUGGUCUCCGCCCACAUACCUGGAUGAAAGAUAUUGUUUGGCAGCACUUAAAGAAAAUAUAAAGGCGUCAUGACUGGCGCCAGGGUGGCAUGCAUCCACAGCCGUUAUACGCAUUCUGUAAUCGCAAAUCUGUAAAAGAAGUGAAUUAAUAUCAACAACAAAUUUCAUAUUUGUAACUCACAAUCAUCCCAUUAACGCUGAAGUAACCCUUUCUGUUAAAAAACAGAUGCUCAUUUUGGUGGGGCUUCGUAAUUUUUAUGUGUGUCCCGUCCACACAACCGAUUAUUCCGGGAAUACAAAAAUUGUUGAAAAAAUGUGCUUUCGACACUUUAA